GUCUCUCUUCAAACCCCCACUCACUGGGUCUCAAAACACACUCAUAGACAAAAAUCACACUUUUGUUCGUGUUUCGCAGUAAUUCUGAUAAUAUGUCAAAUGGAUCUGUAAAUGGCGUCAACGGUCUUGAGGACAAGUUUGCUUCUCUUGGUCUUGGUAAAACGGCCUAUGUCCCCCCUCAUAUGAGAAAUCAGCAGCGGGCUGCUUCUUCUCCUUCGAUACCUAACGCUAACGGGAACGGCUGGAACGACUCUCGUUCUUCUACACCCUCCGCCCGCGGCGGAUACGAAGGAGGCAGAGGAGGGCGCGGUGCGUUCGGGUCGCCCCGCGGCGCCCCCAGAGCGAUCGAGGACCGCACGAUGUCCGGGUACAGCGGCGGUGCAGGAGGUGGAGGUAGAAGCGACCAGCGCGAGACCUUCGGGUACGGCGUGUGGAGGGAUGGCAAACAUGUUGUUGGCGGAAGGAAUAUGCGCAUGGAGAAGGAGCUCUUUGGCGACCCUGAUGAUCCCUCGAAGCAGCACACUGGGAUUAACUUUGAGAAGUACGACGAUAUCCCUGUCGAGGCCACUGGCUCUGGCGUGCCGGAGCCGGUAACCACUUUCACACAUCCUCCUUUGGACCCUGUGCUGUUGGAGAACAUCGCUUUCGCCCGGUACACCAACCCUACUCCCGUACAGAAGUACUCGGUUCCUAUUGUUGCGGCGGGCAGGGAUUUAAUGGCUUGUGCUCAGACUGGUUCCGGAAAGACCGGAGGUUUCCUCUUCCCGAUCUUGUCGGCCUCCUUCACAAGUGGGCCUCGCAGCCCUCCGUUCGACCCCCAGGCGACUGGAUUCAAUUCGCGCCGCAAGGCUUACCCGACGGCGCUUAUCCUUGCGCCCACUCGCGAGCUUGUCAGUCAGAUUCACGAGGAAGCUCGCAAGUUCGCGUACCGUUCUUGGGUGAGGCCUGCCGUCGUGUACGGUGGUGCCGACAUCAACCAGCAGAUCCGCCAAAUGGAACGUGGCUGUGACCUGCUCAGCGCCACUCCAGGCCGUCUGGUCGAUUUGAUAGAGCGCGGUCGUAUCAGUCUGGCGAACAUCCGGUACCUCGUGCUCGAUGAGGCCGAUCGUAUGCUUGACAUGGGUUUCGAGCCGCAGAUUCGGAGAAUCGUUCAAGGAGAGGAUAUGCCUGGCGUGCACGAGCGCCAGACGCUCAUGUUCAGCGCGACCUUCCCGCGCGACAUUCAGAUGCUGGCCAAGGAUUUCUUGAAGGACUACAUUUUCCUGUCCGUUGGGCGCGUCGGGUCCACCUCCGAGAAUAUCACCCAGAAGGUUGAGUACGUUGAAGAUAAUGACAAGCGCUCGGUUCUGUUGGAUAUCUUGGUCAGCGAGCCCCAGGGCGGCCUGACCUUGGUAUUCGUGGAGACCAAGAGGAUGGCGGACAUGUUGUCUGAGUUCUUGAUGGGCAAUAAUCUGCCUGCCACUUCGAUUCACGGUGACCGUACGCAGCGCGAGCGCGAGAUGGCGUUGCAGACUUUCCGGACGGGUCGCACCCCGAUCAUGGUUGCCACCGCUGUCGCCGCCCGUGGUCUCGAUAUCCCCAAUGUAACUCAUGUCAUCAACUACGACUUGCCCUCCGAUAUUGACGACUACGUACACCGCAUUGGUCGUACUGGCCGUGCGGGUAACACUGGUGUUUCGACUGCCUUCUUCAACCGUGGCAAUCGCAACAUUGUUCGCGACCUCUUGGAACUGCUGAGGGAAGCGAACCAGGAGAUCCCAGGCUGGUUGGAGACUGUCGCUCAUGAGACCUCUGGAUUCGGUGGCAGCUCCCGAGGUCGUGGCCGUGGCGGAGGAGGCCGUGGCCGCGGCGGCGCCAAUCGUGAUUUCAGGUCCUCCAGCUACGGUGGUGGUGGAGGGGGAUACUCCAAGGGACCGUCGUACGGAGGUGCACCUGCGUACGGUGGCGGCGGCGGCGGCGGCGGCUAUGGAAGUGGCGGAUACAGCGGCGGUGGAGGCGGAGGAAGCUGGUGGUAAACAGUUUGCCUUGCCCGCGACCACUUCCCUGGCAUAUGUCUCUCGUCCUAUGCUUCGACCUCUUCUAUGGCUUUCUAUGGUUCCUUCAAGAUCCCUGAAAAACUCAAAAUUUUUGCUAGCGUUCCCUCCCAUGUUUUCCACUCGACUAUCGACUCCGAUUUGAAUCCUGCGCUGCUCUAACGACCCUGGUUAUGAUUUUGUCUCGUUGCUACAUCUGCUCAUGAUGACUCUAACGGCCCUAUCCUAAUCUCCUUUUAUUCCCUACAUGACGUGCACCACCCUAAUGCCUUUCCGUGCGUCACACCCUACAUUUCCCGUUCUCUCCACACUAUAGAAGGUUUACAGCGGGGCCUCCGCAUGCAUUAUAUGAGCAGGUUGUUACAGUGUCGGUCUUCGUUUCGCGAUACCCCUUUUUUAUUGCGACGACGCAGUCGGACAUAUUAUAUCCACAAGCACAACGAGACAGUAUUACUAGAGCAUCGCACAUCUUGUAUCGUAGUCAUAGCAUUUUUCUCUCUCUCUUUCACUGCAAUCCAUCAAUAACGGUUAUCGCGG